AGUGAGCUAUGUGAUCUCGACAAUAGUAGUACAGAGACAUCCUAGUGCGUUGUGAUUUCGAUUGUUUUUGGGGGAACAAUAACGCGAUUGUGUGUCUGCAUGAUUUAGUACGCAGAGAAAGUGGCGAGAUAGUGGCGAUUAUGUUAACCGAUGUCACUCCUACCGCGGGACAUUUCUACGGGGCUCAAAUACCGGCGAUGACUAUGAAUGUCAAAGCAACCGAACAUCCGAGUCUGAGAGGCACGCCGCUGGCGAUGUUGGCGGCUCAGUGCAACAAACUGAGCAGCAAAUCCCCGCCUCCCCUAGCGGACGCGGCAGUCGGCAAAGGUUUCCAUCCUUGGAAAAAAUCUCCCCAAGGUGCCCCUUCCCCCAGCAGCGCGGGAGUAUCUUCCGCAAGCUCACUGUCCUCCCAAAGGUCGUCUGCCUCGAACAGUACUUACUCUAGAUCAGUCAUGACGUCAUGUGCGUCGGUACCUACGACUGCAUCAUAUGGAAGCGACUUCUAUUUUCCCGCCGCUACGACGCAGCCGUCCGUAUCGGAAAAUUCCCACGUCCACCACCAGACGUCUCUACUGGGGAAGGUGGAAGGUGCCGCAACUGCGCAUCACGCUGCCUUAGGGUCGGUUUACACGAGACAUCCGUACGAAACCUGGCCUUUCAAUACGAUGUCCGGCGCGACGCAUCACGCCGGAAUCAAAAGUGAUACCGUAGCGUCCGCGAAUGCUUGGUGGGACGUCCAUUCCACUGCCGGAAGUUGGUUGGACAUGAGCGGAGCUGCCGGAAUGCACGCUCAAAUGGCAGCUGCGAACUACUCGUCAGACUACUCGACCCUCACGCAUUCCUUAGCAGCUUCUAAUCAUUUGCUAUCCUCCGGACAGCAUCUGCUACAGGAUACCUACAAAUCUAUGUUACCCGGAGCCCAAGGGGUCGGUGCUUCGUUUGGUCUUCACGCUGCGAGUUCUUCGCCUUCACCGACCGGAGGUGCCGGAGGUUUACCUCCACAAGUACCGUCCCCGAGGUCGCAGAGGCGGUACACCGGACGAGCGACUUGCGACUGUCCGAAUUGUCAGGAAGCUGAACGGUUAGGACCGGCAGGUGUGCAUCUUCGGAAGAAGAACAUCCACAGCUGUCACAUACCGGGUUGCGGGAAAGUUUACGGGAAAACGUCUCACUUGAAAGCCCAUUUGAGGUGGCAUACGGGAGAGAGGCCAUUCGUGUGCAACUGGUUGUUUUGUGGUAAGCGAUUCACGCGGUCGGACGAGUUACAAAGACAUUUGAGGACGCAUACCGGCGAGAAGCGGUUCGCUUGUCCCGUGUGCAACAAACGUUUCAUGAGAUCGGACCACCUGGCGAAACACGUCAAAACUCAUAACGGUAACGGUAAGAAAGGCAGUUCCGAUUCGUGUAGUGAUUCGGAGGAGAACAGUCAAAGUGACAUGACCAAUAACGUCAAUUCUCCAUCGUCGAUGAACCACACGCCGCCUCCGUCUGCGCCAUUGUCCGGAUUGGACAUGGUCGCGGGUUUGGACGUGAAGCCGCCUGGCCUGGUUUGAGGUCGGUGGGGCCCAGCGUUGCUGUACUCCAGCUACCCGCGCUGAACAAAGGCCCCAUAGUGAUAUCCUCUUUUACAUUGUACUAAUUACACGUGUACAAAGUUUGUAAAUAUCUGAUGCUUCGGAAAUCUAUUUGAAUAGCGAAAUCUAUUGAUGUAAAUAUUAUAAUAGGCACGGUAUUACGUCACGUGAGGAAGGAAAAUCGGUUUCAGCUUCGAUUGAAGAUAAGCCUGGGUCUAGUCGUAACUAAUAUAACUCUCAUUCCAGCAGAUACUGUCACCGAUAGUUGUCGUUAUCAUGAAAACUGUGUGAUCUGUGUGUACCCUUAAAGAAUUUCUAUAUUUUAUUGAGGAUUUUAGAGGAUUGGUUUAAUCGAAUUUGCGAUUUAUCGUGUGAACAAUCUGGUUAGAUUUGAACCUUACAACUUAUCUUCGCCGGCCAUCUUGGAAACGCGUUAAAAGCCACAAUAUUUUCCGUUCAAAAGUGACGUUAUACCGUGCAGUGACAAUUUUUGAUGGUGAAAGAGAAGUGGGUAUGUAAGAAAUAGUCUUCUCUGUGGUCCUCACGUUACGAUGAAUUUAUCAUGUCAAACAGGAAUCUAGAAAUAAAUGGGCUGUAAAUGUUAACAUAUUAUUACAUAUCAUCAUUCAGCUUUUUCCUCUACUUAAUGUUACUGAUUUUCGAGAUUUCGAUUUUUGUAAAGUCAGGGGCGGCGCCGCGUCAUUUUUUUUCUUCUCUUUUCGCCAAAGAUUGUAUAUUGUUGUUUGUAUAUUACUAUUUUGUAAAUUAUUACGUCUAAUGAGCUUUUGUGACCGCAUUAAGAAUUUAAAAAAAUAUAUGGAUAUAAUUUUUAAAUUGGA